ACAAAGUUUGGAAACUGUUCUCUUCCGAAAGGAGGAGGUGUCUACUAGGUACAUCACCAUCUUCAUCGUCAGUAGUCUCUCCUCCUGAACAUGGAAGCUGACACCGCGAGGAGGUCGUCGGCCGCUGACCCUCUUCUUGCCAUCCACAGCCAACCACGGUGGUGGCGCCACCGCCUCUCUACCCUCCCUUUCCUCCCAAACCUCCGUCUCAAAACCAGCAUAUGGUCCGAGCUUGGUGGUUCAGUAGGCGACCUCGGUACCUACAUCCCCCUUGUCCUCGCUCUCACCCUCGUCUCCUCCCUUGAUCUCGGAACCACUUUAAUCUUCACCGCAAUCUAUAACAUAGUCACCGGAAUCCUCUUCGGAAUCCCCAUGCCCGUCCAACCAAUGAAAUCCAUUGCAGCUGUAGCCAUUUCCGAGUCUCCCCACCUCACCGUAUCUCAGAUUGCGGCUGCCGGAAUUUCCACCGCUUCUGUCCUCCUUUUCCUCGGCGCCACCGGUCUCAUGUCCGUUUUCUACCGAAUCAUCCCUCUGCCCGUCGUCCGUGGAGUUCAAUUAUCUCAAGGUUUGGCAUUCGCCUUCUCCGCUAUCAAGUAUAUACGCUACAAUCAGGAUUUCGCCACCUCUAAAUCCACCACUUCUCGGUCGUGGCUUGGAUUGGACGGACUAAUAGUCGCCGUAUGUUCUCUUUUAUUUCUAAUCCUAAGCACUGGAUCCGGCGAUGAUUCAGAAUCUCGUGACCCUAAUCUCGAUCAACCCAGACCAAGUGUAUCCGUUCGCCGCCGAUUGCUGAUUCUAUCGUCGAUUCCGUCAGCUCUGCUUGUUUUUCUAUUUGGGUUAAUCCUCUGUUUUAUACGAAACCCUUCGAUUCUUAAAAAUCUCGAACUGGGUCCAUCUCCGAUUAAGGUACUGACAAUCACAUGGGACGAUUGGAAAACCGGGUUUCUCCGAGCGGCGGUGCCGCAAAUUCCGUUAUCGAUUCUGAACUCAGUAAUUGCAGUGUGCAAAUUGUCCGGCGACCUAUUCCCGGAAAAAGAAGUGUCGGCAUUUACUGUAUCCGUAAGCGUGGGAGCGAUGAACCUGGUGGGAUGUUGGUUCGGGGCAAUGCCGGUGUGCCACGGCGCCGGUGGGUUGGCGGGGCAGUAUCGAUUCGGCGGUCGGAGCGGCGCUUCGGUGGUGUUUCUGGGAAUGGGAAAGAUGGCUUUGGGGUUAGCCUUUGGGAAUUCGUUUGUGAGUAUAUUGAAUGAAUUCCCUGUUGGGAUACUUGGGGUUUUGCUGUUGUUUGCAGGAAUUGAAUUGGCAAUGGCUUGUAGAGAUAUGGGGACGAAGGAAGAGUCGUUUGUGAUGUUGGUUUGUGCGUCUGUUUCUCUUACUGGUUCGAGUGCUGCCUUGGGGUUCGUUUGUGGGAUUUUAUUGUUUGUUCUGUUGAAGCUAAGGAAGAUGGAAUGCUUAGGUAAUUGUAGGCUCUUCGGAUCAAACCAGCCGACGUUGACGACGACGACGAAGAAUACGGUUGAGGCUGAAGCAUAGAAGUUGAAUUCUAUUGUCACUGCUUAUUCAUUUGUGGGCUCUUCAGAUCCAACAAUCCGCUGAAGCAUGAAAUCAAUUUGAUUGAUCAAAGUUGAGUUCUGCAGUGUAUAGACCACCUGCAAUUUUAUUGGUAUUUUUAUUGUACAUUUUGGACAGAUUAAUUCAAAUUCCUUAUCCUUUAAUCUUAUAUUCAUUUUCAAUGAAUGAAUUUCCUAUGUCUCUAGUUUUUUUAUCUCUCGAAAUGUAUAGGGUCUCUUAGAUGUUAAAAAUACAAAUUGCCAAUUAAGUCUACCUCUGCAUAUUUUUACCAUGCA